GGGGCAGUGCGGUUAAAUCGUUUCCUCGGACGCCGGUCGCAUGGCUGGGCGAGAUGUUCAAAAACCUUACAAGUUUUUGCCUCGGCUGGAGGAGGCGGCGGCCUUUCCCGGGUUUCGGCAAAAUUUCCCCUCGGUGGCACAUAUUUGGCACACGGAUGCUGAAGAACUGGAGCGGACGAAGCUGUCAGGUCCUCGGCAGAAGCUGCUGCAACGCGCUGCUCAGCAAGCCCGGGAAGUAGAUGAAGCAGAUCUUGACGCAGGGGCUACGCCAUCGCUGCCUUCCUCCGCACCUGCUCCCAACACAGAGGCGGCCGCGGCGGCCGCCGACAAGGAGCUGCUUGAUUACCUGGACCUUUGGAAGCAAGAAGGGCGGGAAGCGCUGUGCCAAGAGUUCGAGGGCAGCUUGCGCGAGUCCUUCUCUUGGCCAGCAGCCGAGCGCAGGAAGAUGGUGGAAGUACAUCGGCAGAAAUGGAAGGCCCUGGAGGACGCCAUCGGGCAAAUGGCAGAAGCGGUGCGGCUAGCAAGUGCUGAAAUGCCAGCGGUUCGGGAAAAGAAGGCGCAGAGCGCUCUGGAUCGCGUUCGCCUUGCUCGAGACGCCAUGCUGAAAGUUCAGGUGAAAGCCCUUCGAGAGGUUCGGCGCCAGCUUUGGCCAAGCCCUGCGGGUGUCACGCCGGGCAUCGCGACAGAUGCAGAGGAGCUGGGGAUUUACAAUCAGCUAAGCGGCCAGGUGGCUGCGUGGCAGGAAGCUCCCAAAGCGCAGAAGGCUCAGCCAGACUCCGAGUCCGAAGAUGCCUGUGCCUCAGAGAGGCCACUUCCGGUUAAAUCGCGGGCGGAGAUGGAGACACAGACGCCGGUGGACAUUGCCGCCGACGCCCUUCCGCUGUCCUUGUCUGUGAGGCCACAGCCCCAAGGCCUGCCAGAUCUGCCAGAUCUGCCCCUGGUGCGGGAGGCUUUGGACGCCGAUUUCUCCCCGUCGCUCGAGAUACCUGAAGGAGUGCUGGAAGACGGCCUUGGCGACAUAUACGCGGGCAUGGACGAGAAAGAGCGGGCGGCUUUGGCUGCCAUUGUCAAAGAACAAGAUGAGCUUGCGGAGCAGAAAGCUGAAUCCGAAAGAGCAUUGAAGCAGCAAGAGUUGAAGCUGAGAGAAGCAGACACGGCGUUUCAAGACCAAGUGGGACGCCUGAAAGCUGAAGCAUUCGAGACUGAAUUGAAGAUGAAGAAAAAAGCCGAUGAUGAACUCCGCCAAAAAGACAAAGAGCAUCAGGCGGCGCUCCUGGCCGAAAGGGAGCGCUUUGCAAAGGAGCGUUACAAGCUGCGAAGCAAGCUCAUGGGCGAGCAGUUGGUCAUCGAGACGAGAAAGCUGAAGGAUGAGCUCAUACGCUUGAAGCGCUUGAGGCCAAUGCGGAAGGAAGCGUUGAAGGUGCUGUGGUGGACUGAGGAGGAUGUGAACCGCGUGGCUGGAGGCAAGCAGUUGCUCAUCCGCAGGGCGAGCGGUGCUUCAUCCAAGUCGGAAAACAUGUGUGCCUUUGCUAUUGGCACUGCCCGCGAUUGGCUCUUCCGCUCUCGCGAGCUCAUCGAAGCAAGAUCCUUCGCCCCCAGCGGCAAAACCAUUGAUGGCGCAGCAGCCAUGGCAGGCGAGCGGGAGACCAAGCUGAAAGCUCAGUUCUCCGCAGCUGUGGACAGUGUCGGCAAGUUCAAAGCCCGCAUGAAGCUUCUUUCUGAACGGAUGCUGCCUGACGAAAGCAGCCGCAGCAAAGUCGAAAGGAGGUUGGAACCGCAGCCUGAGAGCGUUGCUGCGGGCCUGACGGUCGAGCGAGAGCUUGCCAAGGGUGUGCGAGAUGCAGUCGCCGAGCGUCUCCGAGAUGCAGAGGCCAAGCUCGACAAGCUUGCUGAAGAGGACUUGGCAGUGGACUUUCUGACCCGCUGGUCAGAGCAGAUCAGCGCGGUGGGCCUCAAGGGAAUGCAGACGCAGCGGCAAUCCAAGGACCUGGCGGAGCGCAUUGAAGAUGCGUUGCGCAAGGAGGCAUCCAAGUAUCGCAAGACCGCUCAAGCCGCGUAUGCGGAAAUUGCCGCGGACCGCGCGGCAGAGGAGGCCACGAAGAAGGCAGAGGAAGCUCACAAGCGCGAGGCAGUCCGAGAGGCUGCGCGCAAGAAGGGCCUUGAAGAAGCAGUGCGUAGGGAGCAGGACAAAGUCACGCAGGAGAAGGAGAAGAUGGUGCCCGUGAAGCUGAAGGUGUCAGGUCUGAGGUCAUCUGCCAUCGACGACAAGGCCAAGUUUGGCCAACUUGCCGAGCAGAAAGUCGCGAAGGCUCUCGCCUUGAGCAAUGCGCAGGUUCGGGUGACUGGCAUCCGGUGAGCGAUGCAACUGGCGCUUGGCCAGGGCGCACCUGCCACGUGCAGGCCGCUUGUUAAUGAGAAACCGGCCUGACGCGGCCUGGCCCAAAGAACCUCCAGUCA